CUAUACUUAGUUCGUGAGCAAUUUAUCCAUGUCACGCUGUCUGAAAGGAAGAUCGAAUUUGAAAAUGUUGAACAGCAUAGAAACAUUGUGACAUCAAUGUCCGCAACGGCCGUUCAAGCGGAUUCCUGCAGCCAAUCAGUUGGCAGAGUCGCUGGCGGAGUUGUGGGGAGGCUGCGCUCAUCGUGAUGUUGAGCGCAAAUACCUACCUCUCCGUCUAGUCUAGCCGUCCUGGUCCUCCCAGGCACACGCUGCCGAGUUCGGCGUCCGAGACUAUGCAUAUCGACAUACAGAAAACUACUUUCCAAAAUUGGUCGCUAUUGUUCGGUGAUCUUUUUUUUUUUUUUUUACCAAUUCUGAAUUUGGACAUUGGUGCUCAUCCAUCGAUUUGACGCGAGCCUCGAAGGAUGAGGAUUGAGGAAUGAAGACGUCCGCCGCAGAUUCUUAUACAACAGGUAUGAGCCAAGGUCCCAGCCUCCUGGAUAUUUAACCCAGCAGCCGCUUGCCCUCUGGCCCCCCCACCAUCAUGGAGAGCCUGGCUGAGCUCCAGAACCCCUUGCUGGACAAGACCUCCAGCAGACAUGUGGUUCACCACGGCAACUACCACCAGCUUCAGCAGCAGCAGCAGCAGCAGCAGCAGCAGCAGCAGUACCACCGGCAAGGAGACCUGAUUGGCUACCUGUACGCCGGCCCCCACAGCCGGCCGGCCCCAACUAAGAGCCAGGAGUUCCUGGACGCCACGUCGCUGCACCUGGCCGUGGAGGCCUUCUACCGGCCAGCGGGCUUCAUCCUGUACACCGACAACGUCAGCCUGCACAGCAAGGACUCAGGCCGCAGCGAGAGCUUGGAGACCACCUUCACGGAGGGCAAGGGCCGGGCCCUCACCGACGGGGGGUCCACGGCGGGGGAGGAUGAGGAAGAGGAGGAGGAGGAGGAGGAGGAGAUGGAGGAACCCGCGGAGGACGGCAGUGGCGCCGAGAAGGAGGUGAAGAUCCAGACGGUCUGCUACGACGUGGAGGAGGAACCCGCCCAUGAGUACGAGAGCGACAGCUCCAGCGACAGUGACAGCGAGGACAACUUCCUAAUGCAACCCCCCAGGGACCACCUGGGUCUGGCUAUCUUCUCCAUGCUCUGCUGCUUCUGGCCACUGGGCAUUGUGGCGUUCUACUACUCGCACAAGAGUGGAAAGGCCAUUGCUAAAGGGGAUUUCUCCCGGGCGGGCGUGAACUCCAGGCGAGCCCUGUUCCUGGCGGCCCUCUCCAUCACCGUGGGAGCGGGGGUCUACGUGGCGGUGGUGGUGGCCCUCAUGGCUUACCUGUCCAAGCCUGGACACGUAUAGCGGCAUGGGGGGGGGGGGGGCUCACCAGCAGAAGACAGAGAGACAGAGACAUAGAGCGAGAGAGAGAGAGUGAGUGGGAGGAAGACACAAAAAACAUAGACAGACAGACAGACAGACAGAGCGAGGGAGAGAGAGAGAGGGGGUGAGAGACAGAGGGCGAGGGAGAGAGGGAGAUUAUUCUGUGGACGCAGGUGUUAGUGUGGAGGAGAGAGAGUGGACGAGAAAGGAGAACAGACAGGAAGAGUAGGCGAGAGAUAACAAUAGGCAGAGAGUGGAAGGCAGAGAGAGAAAAAACAGAGAAAGUGCAAGCGAUAUAUAGACAGGAAGUGAGUGAGGGAGAGAAACAGAGCAAGGCGUCAGAGAGGAAGGAAGAACAACCAGGAAUAAACACACACACAGAGAGAGAGAGAGAGAGAGAGAGAGAGAGAGAGAGAGAGAGAGAGAGAGAGAGAGAGAGAGAGAGAGAGAGAGAGAGAGAGAGAGAGAGAGAGAGAGGAGAGGAGAGAGAGAGAGAGGUCAAACGAGGGAUGUGUCAUCCCUCUCCUGCACUUGACGCUGCCCAACCUCAUGUCCUAUACCUGUCCUAUCUGUCCAGGACAGGGGACAGGUAGGACAUGAAGGACAUGCAGGACAUGCGUCUGGCUGUCGGAGCAGCCCCGGACGCGGGCGGAAGAGAUCCAACGAGGACAGAGACAGACUCUUGUGUGGACGGAAUAUCGUUCGGAGCUCAUCCCCAUCGGUCUGGAUACUACUUUUUAUUCUUAUUCCAAGGACUCCCAUUAUACCGCCCCGGCAUUCCAUUAUGAAAGAUGAAGAGCGCCGACGGACUGGAAAAAAAACACUAUCGCACCGGAGAGACUACUUUUGUGCAAAGUCUGUACCAUGUACUUACAGCCGCUUGUACCACACAGUGAAAACUAUAAACAGACCACUUAUCAGCUCCUAGCUCAAUGCAGCACCGAGCCCUAUUGUGUAACCCCCCGCCCCCCCCCCCCCCCCAUCCCCACACAACCCCCGUGUUCCAGUACCCCACAGUAACCGACGUUAAACGUUUCAAUUAAAAACAACCUUGAAAAAG